AUGGGAAUCCUGAACCUUAUGAAGUACCUGAUGUUUGUAUUCAAUGUGCUAGUGCUUGCUGGGGGCAUCUGUCUCCUAAGUGUGGGCAUCUGGGUGGCCACUGACCCAGAUGGAUUUCAGAGCAUCAUCAUCUCCAGUCCUCUCCUGAGUGCAGGGGCUUAUCUCAUCCUCUUUGUGGGCGUGGCACUCUCCUUCCUGGGCUUCUUGGGCUGCUUUGGAGCCAUCAAAGCAAACAGGGCCAUAUUGUUGCUUUUUUUUGUCUUGGUAUUGCUGGUGUUCACCGUGGAAGUUGUAGCUGCUGCACUCAUUCUUGUCAACAGGAAACAGAUUAAAGAUGAAUUCUUCCUGUCUGAUCUGCAGAAGCAUUACCAAGGGGACAAUGCCUCCGAUGUGUUCUCUACAUCCUGGAACACCAUCAUGAUCGCGUUUUCAUGUUGUGGCAUUUCAGGGCCUGAUGAUUUUGGGAACUGCUCCUAUUUCCAGGAGCAGCAGCCAGAUGUGUUUUGGCCUCGUGCCUGCUGCACUCGGGAUAAGCCGCUCCAGACGGGUCACCUGCUGGACUGGAAACGCUGCAGGCAACGAGAUCCUGAGUAUAUUAACAGCCAGGGCUGUUUCUCCACAAUUGCCAGGACAUUGCAGAAGUAUAUCUCCAUUCCUGGGGCCUGUGGUUUAGGAGUGCUAGCCAUUGAGAUGUUUGCCAUGCUCUUUGCCUUUUGUCUCUACUACAAUUUUGACUGA